AGGUUAGUUUUUGUUGUAGAGGAUGACCAGGGUACAUGUGAUCUUGGCCUUGCCCAGACCUGUAUGACAACGUGGACAACUUAUAGUCUGUUUGCUCCCUUCCUUGGUGAUACAGACAAGCAGCAUCUGUGUGGUUCCCCUUCUACCAGUCUAGGUAGGUGUGUGAUAUCAGCAACUGUAGGCUGCUCUAAAACCAUAGAUCAGCACUUUGAUAUGAUGCGUUAUCUGGCAUGGACAGGACUCCACAUGACAGGACUGUGUGAGGAGAACGUCUACACUUGCUCGGCUCCUGAGGCUGUUCAAUGCAUGAAUGAACUGGGCUUCCUUAUUGGACAGAACUCUGCCAUGUUGGAUCACACAUCUUCCAUGAAUGAUGACCCCGACGUAUGCAGUGUGUACAAGAGGAGCAGAGACUGUAUGACCCGCUAUCUAUAUAGAUGUGGUGCUACCAAAAAGCAGUCUGUACAGAAAACGUUUGAAGAACUGGAAUGCCUGAUGGGAAAUCAGUGUGAAAUUAUUGAGGACCCACCUGUGACAGAGAAACCUGCUGAUUGUAUAGAUAUCACAGUAACGUCUGAUGGUUCCAGGUGCGCCUUAGCAGAUGCCAUGAGGUGUUUCGAUGAUCUGAGAUGGAAUAUAGCGUCCCCCUUCAGUCGAGCAGGCAGUAUCUGUUCAUCCUAUUCAAAAUCUGUGCAAUGUUUUGCGGAUAAUGUGAGUGGAUGUUUGACCGCGGUUGAGGACCAAGCUAAGACUGCAUUGGAAGAGUUUGCUCCCUUUGUGAGUGGUUGCCCCACUAAAAUAAGAUCUCCCUGCCAGGAAGAAGAAGAUCUUUGUAAAUACACUGAACUGACUGCUUGUGUGAAUGUGGUUAGGGAACUGAUGUUGACUUCCGUUGAAGAUGCCCAGCUCUGUGUUGCAUUCUCAAGUGCAUGGGACUGUAUCAAUACCAAGUCUACUGACUGCCCAAGUAAUCAUGUCAUGUCAAUUCAACAAACACUGAAUGCCCUACACAAUCAGAUUUCCUUCCUUACCUGUGAGGACAACAUACAGGUGUGCUAUUACAAAUACAUUGACAUUGUUGAGGAAAUAUUGACCAAACAGCCAAAUGCAGUUGCACCAGAAACUUCUGGGUCUGGGAGCAAGAAAGCAUCUGGGUCUGGGAGCAAGAAAGCCUCUGGGUCUGGGAGCAAGAAAGCCUCUGGGUCUGCAAGCAAGAAAGCCUCUGGGUCUGGGAGCAAGAAAGCAUCUGGGUCUGGGAGCAAGUCAGCCUCUAGGUCUGCUAGGUCUGCGAGCAAGCAAGCCUCUGGGUCUGGGAGCAAGAAAGCCUCUGGGUCUGCGAGCAAGAAACCCUCUGGGUCUGAGAGCAAGCCCGCCUCUGGAUCACCUGAAGUUUGGGACAAUUCAGCAUCCUGUAAUGAUAUUGCGGAUGCAUACAGCUGUAUGACAGACAAGCUGCCUAGUUCUGGCUUACCCAAGGCUCUUAUAAGAAUGGUGGAGUCGGUCAUUGGGGACCUAUACAGCAUCACCGAUGAGAAAUGUCAAGGAAUGACAUGCUACUAUUGCAAAAAGAAGAAAUCAAACGGUGAAUGUAAUCAAGGCUUGUCCAUCUGCUCUGCCUCACAACAGGCAUGUCAGACUGUGGUUGAGAAAGACAAGAUCACAAAGGGAUGUGUUGCUCCUGACAAGUGUAAGGCGGGGACAAAGGGCAAGAAGACAACCUAUUGCUGUUAUGGUCACCUUUGUAAUGAACCAGGAGACAUGGUCUAUGAUGACCCUCCCACCUGUGAUAUCCUCAUCCACAGUCGGAUUGUGAUCAGCCUUCUCACUAAGGUCAUCGAGGCUUCCAAUGCCUACAGCACUGUCUUCUGCAGCAAUGUGCUGCUGACUUUAAAGGAGUUGACAACAGUAUCCAGUACCUGUUCAGUGUUAACGGGGGAUAAAAUGCGUGCUCUACAGAGUCGGCUGCUGACAGCUGAGGAGUCUAUGUGUACUAUACAGGUUGUGUGUAAGAGACAGCUAGCAUUGGACUCUAUUUAUGGGUUUAACACCACCAUCCAUUCCUCGGCGUCUUCGGACCUCAUCUGCACAGAAUAUCAGAAGACAAUGCAGUACUUGUUUACCGAGUGGAGCACCUGUGGGAAUAGUGAGAUUGCGGAGAUGCAGACCAUCCUGGAUAGUGUCACAGCUAGUGUAGACCUGACCUGUCAACUAAUGCCUGCUAUAGAGUAUACAUUGCCAUCUGAUGUGAUACGUAUCGUGGAGGGAGGCGAGGCUAAGAUCAUCGAGUUUGUGCUGAAAGAGGACCCUGCCACUAAAUGUAAUAAAAACUCAUGUCAUGUGGUCAUCUCCAUGGUGAUAGUCCAUACCGGCAAAGACACAAUGCGCACGUGUGCAGACAACAGCCUGAUCCCUCAGCUGGUGAUCGGGGACUACAGCACUGCAGGGCUAUGUGGUCAUAACUUCACAGCAGACAACUGGGCCACGAAGGUCAGUGUGCCGUUUGUGGCGGUCAGUGAUGGACUCUAUGAUGGGGAGCAGACUGUUGAAGUCGAGGUGACCGCUACUAAAUAUGAAGAUGACAUUUCUGUGCUGGUCAGAAAGAUUGCCACCUAUCAGUUUGUUGUCAUAGAUGGGGAUAAAAAGGGGUCAGUUUGUACCUCCAUCAACGAUCCUCACAUACUGACAUUUGACAAACUAUAUUAUGAGAACUUUUACCAAGGAGAGUUUGUUCUGUACAGACACACAACAUUACCGUAUGAGGUGCGUGUGGUGUUUACAAAGUGUUUCAAGGCAACAUGUAAUUGUGCUGUGAUGGUGAAAUCGGGUGAUGAUUUCCUCAACGUUGAUGUCUGUUCCUCAUCUACCAUCAAAAUAGCUAUGCACUUCACCAAUCAGCUCACUGUCGGUACACAGAUGUUCAUCAUCCCAAGUGGCGAGAAAUACCAGCAGUUUGAGGUGAUGCUGCCAACUGGAACUAAGGUGGUGGCUCAAGUAUUACGUGGGCUAAUCAACGUCCAGAUAACCCCAUCACCUAGCGACAGCGGGCGUACAGAAGGUUUGUGUGGUAACUUUGAUGGUGAUCCAACCAACGACCUAAUGAUGCCAGAUGGAACACAGGAACAGGUGGAUGCUAAAUACCUCAAGGCAAACAGGGCUAACAGCAAGGAUUCUCUGUUUCCAAACCUCUUCAACAAGGCAUGGCAGAUAAAAGACAAUUACUGGUACUUCAAGGACUACCCUCUCCAACCUUCCCCUGAACAGAACCCAGUAUACUGUACCUGUCCAGUGUCUGCGUCGGGUACUGCUGAUCCUUGUCAGUCCAUUCCUCACGCCAAGACAUGUCCAUUCCUCAUUCCUGGAAUUGACUUGAUAGCUAAGGCUAAGAGCUUGAUCUCCGACACUUCCCAGAAUGCUUUGGAUCAGACAACGGUCAGGAGACGUCGCAGACAGACCGCCGCAACUGGUUUGGAGCAGAUCGGAGUGGUUGAGGAUGCUGAAGUGCCGGCAGCAUCGUGGCCAUCAGGAAAUUGGACGGAGGCCAUGGCUCAAGCUCACUGCGAGGCUCUCCUGACAAACUCAAACCUGGGCCAGAGUUGUGCAGGCGUGGAUGUGGCCAAUGGGACGGAUGUGGGAGCUUGUAUGGCUGAUAUCCAGCGGACCGGAGGUACAGAAUACGACAGUUUCAGUACAACCAAUCAGAUGGGACGGUGUAUUAAUGAGCUCAGCAAAGAUCCCACCUUCAACACCGACCCUGCCGCUCAAGCCGUCGCUACUGGCAUCCUAGACCAGACAUGUGAGGACAACUGUAACACCAAUGGAGAUUGUCAAAAAGGUGUGUGUAGGUGCUAUACUGGUUUCAUGGGUGUGAGCUGUUCAAUGAGAGAGGGAGAACCACCUGUUGUUGCCGGGCUACAACAGAACACCUGCGAUACCAGAACAGGGGCCGCAUGCAACAGUGUCUCUGUGGAAGGCGAGAAGUUUGUCGAUCUACCAACUCUUACAUGUCACUUUGAAACUGUAGAGAGGAUUGCUGGUGUGUUCCUGAAGACAGGCUCAGAGACAACGGCCCUGGCCAAUUUUAUCUCCUUUAACCUGGCGGAGUGUGAGAUACCGGCCAGUCUAACGCCAGCCGUUCCUUUAAGGGCUGUUUUGGUCUCUGUCAGUAACAAUGGAGUCACGAAAAGUACCGGGGACCAUUACUUCAUUGGUCAUAAUUCUCAAUGUUACACCUGUGGUGACACCAGCUGUCAGACAACGCUGACCGGUUGCGUGAUUGAAUCUCAGUGCUAUGGUAUUGGAGAUGUGAGUUCAGCUAACCCCUGUCACUUCUGCGACCCCGUCACCUCGGUCAUAGACUGGACUGUCAAAAUAGCUCACUACUGUCCAGACGCCACCACUACCACGACAACAACCCCAGGCCCAACCACAACUGCACCUACCACGGUAGCUCCUGCCACCCAGGCCCCCUCCAGGGACGACCCAGCCGCCCAACAGGCAGAGUCUGCUGUGCCAAUAAUCAUCACCGGAAUAGUUGCUGGAGUAGCAUUCCUUGCAUUGGUUGUGGUCACUAGUGUAUUUUUAAUCUAUAGGAAAAGGAAUUCAAUGCUGAAAGACCGGAGGUUGAGGGAAAGCGAUUCCGAGUCCUCAAGUGGGAGUGGUUCUAGACCAGGAUGGGGUAAAACCCAUCGUAACCCAGAUUUGUAUUACGACAAUUCAGCCUACCAUUACCACUAUGGAUACAACGACCCGCAAGAGGCAUUCGCUAACAACAUACCCAAGAGACAAAGUCAGAUGUCGCGACGUGAUCCAACCCUCAACCACAGCGAUAGUCGAAGCUGAGCUGAUCUCAUGGCCUUUGUUUCUUCAUAACUCCGGCAAAUCCAAAUUGUAUGCAAAAAAAAUAACACAUGGACGUAAAUGUUUCUUAAUUACCUUUCAAUGUGAAUGUAAAUAGUACGCUUAUACAUGUAUUUUACUUAUUUUGAAAAAAGAUUAAACUAACAACAAUUUUUCUGUUUCAAAUAUUAUUGCUCAAUUUUCAUUGGGUCAAAAUGGCUACUCACACUUCUGAGCUUUCAUUCAGAACCAGUUCAUGUUUAACUAACUCAUUCAAAACUUAUUAAAAAGGGGAGAUUAUAAAAGAAAUUGACUUCAAUGCUACGUAGAUGCUUUAUUUCUUGGUAUUUCUACCUGAAAUGGGGAUAAAUAAUUUCGUAAGUAGGACCACCUGUAUAGACAGACAGGGUCCAUUUCCCAGAGAAAUAUUUGGAUUACAAAUACACCUAACCUUUGAUACAAGCAUUAUGUAUAAUAUAAUCCAGACAAUAUUUAACUGCUGUAUGACAUUCAGACGAGACCAUGUGACUGUGAUGUAUUGGAUGUUAAUAUUCAGAUACUUAUACUUAUUUGUAUUAACACAUGAACAAUCAAGUCUUUCUUAUUGUAUACUAAAGUAUUAAUGUACAGUUCUAUUUGUUUGUUGAUAAAAAAAUACUUGGAUUUCUUGUAUUGUUUAUACAUUCCUUGUUUAAAACUAAUUUGUCUUCAUUUAAAAACAAAAAAUGGAAUAAGAUGUAUGUUUUUGUACCAGAAGUAAGUUGAUUAUUGAUAGUUAUGAGUAAGAUAUUGAUGUUUGACAUACAUUCUGUAUUUGUAAAACUUUAAGUUUUGUAAGUCUUUCUUUUUGUAUAUUUUUGCUUAUCUUGACAUUGUUCUGCUGAAAACCAAAAGCAAUAUUUGUAUGACUUCUACAUGUAUAUAGAUAACCUGAUGUAUUACUACACUACUAGGUAACCUCAUCCGGUAACUCAUUGCGCCUUCCAUUUCACCAUUCUUAGUGGCAUGUCUGAGCAAUAGAUCAUUCUUACAUCAGAUUAUCAACUACAUAUGUAGCGCUAUAGAAUUUUGUUGUACACUGUAAAUAGUUUCGUUUCCAAAUCAUAAUUUUUAUUAUCAAAACAUUUGUUAUGCUCCAUGUUCUACAGGUAUAGUUAUAUUUUACCGUUAUUAAAAUGAGAAAAAUAAGUCUAUUUUGAUAAUAAAGAAUCUAUUUAGGA